AUGAGUUUUCUCCAUGUAAUUGGGUUUGGUCUAAAAGUGGGGCAUCUGCUUUUAGUGCUAUGUUGCUGGAUUGUAUCUAUCAUUUAUAUCAAUUGGUUUAUUAGUAUGGAUAAAAAGAUGGGUUUUUUAGGAGAUGGUGGCAAGAUGUGGCUUAAAUGGUGGGAGAAGAUCUUGGGGAUUACUGAGAAGAGGAAAGAGACUCUUGCUAGUAUGUGUGAUGAAAGAGCUAGGAUGCUUCAAGAUCAGUUUAAUGUUAGUAUGAAUCAUAUUCAAGCCAUGUCGAUCUUGAUCUCGACUUUCCAUCAUGCUAAGAAUCCUUCUGCUAUUGACCAGAGAACGUUUGCGAAGUAUACAGAAAGAACGGCUUUUGAGAGGCCGCUUACAAGUGGUGUUGCAUAUGCUGUAAGGGUGCUUCAAUCUGAAAGGGAACAAUUUGAGAAGCAACAAGGGUGGAGUAUUAAGAGGAUGGAUACGAUGGAGCAGAACCCGGUUCAUGAGGAUGAUUAUGUACCGGAUGAAUUGGAACGAUCGCCUAUCCAUGAAGAAUAUGCUCCUGUCAUUUUUGCACAAGAUACAAUUUCACAUGUCAUAUCUAUUGAUGUGCUUUCAGGAAAGGAAGACCGUGAAAAUGUGUUGCGUGCGAGAGAAUCAGGCAAAGGAGUUUUAACUGCUCCUUUCAGGCUGUUGAAAACAAACCGUCUAGGUGUUAUCCUCACGUUUGCGGUCUACAGGAGAGAUCUCCCGUCAAAUGCUACUCCAAAUGAAAGGAUUCAAGCCACUGAUGGGUAUCUCGGCGGGGUGUUUGAAAUAGAAUCGUUAGUCGAGAAAUUGCUUCAGCAACUUGCUAGUAAGCAAACAGUGAUCGUUAGUGUAUAUGAUACAACAAACCAUACACAUUCUAUUCCCAUGUAUGGUUCUGAUGUAUCGGGCGAUGAGUUCUAUCACGUGAGCUUUCUCAACUUUGGAGAUCCUUUCAGGAAGCAUGAGAUGCACUGCAGGUUCAAGCAGAAACCUCCAUGGCCGUGGUUGGCAUUAAGUACAUCGUUUGGCAUCCUUGUAAUUGCACUCCUUGUUGGACAUAUAUGUCAUGCAACUGUGAAUCGAAUUGCCACCAUAGAGGAGGAUUGCCGUAAGAUGACGGAGCUGAAAAAGCUAGCUGAGGCAGCUGAUGUUGCUAAAUCUCAGUUCCUUGCUACUGUUUCGCACGAGAUCAGAACUCCGAUGAACGGUGUUUUAGGGAUGAUGAAUAUGAUCAUGGACACCGAUCUCGAUGUAACACAACAGGAAUAUGUCAGAACUGCACAAGGCAGUGGAAAAGCUCUAGUGUCAAUUAUAAAUGAACUUUUGGACCAGGCGAAGAUUGAUUCUGGUAAGCUAGAGCUCGACGCUCUGAUGUUCGAUAUACGAGCUAUCAUGGAUGAUGUGUUGUCCCUAUUUUCGGAAAAAUCUCAAGGAAAAGGAGUAGAGUUAGCAGUUUACGUCUCGGAUCAGGUUCCUCAACAGCUUAUAGGUGAUCCAGGAAGGUUUCGACAAAUAAUCACGAAUCUCAUGGGUAACUCAGUUAAGUUCACGGACAAAGGACAUAUCUUUGUCACAAUCCAUCUUGUUGAGGAGGUUUUCCAUUCAAUAGAAGUUGAGCGAGAAUCAAGUAAAGAAACAGAUGAUACAUUAAGUGGUUUCCCGGUGGCUGAUGGUCGGCGAAGCUGGGAAGGAUUCAAAGCUUUCAGUCACGAGGGACCUCUUGGCUCUUUCUCAUCCCCCUCCUCCACUGAUCUCAUCAAUGUGAUUGUAUCGGUUGAGGAUACGGGUGAAGGUAUUCCUCUAGAGUCUCAGGAGAAGAUAUUCACUCCAUUCAUGCAGGGAGAAAUCGGAUUCGCGAGUGAACCGGGCAUUGGAAGCACUUUCACGUUUACGGCUGGUUUCACCAAUGCAUGUCCUGAUUCAAAUGAAAUUAAAACUCAGAAAAUCAGCAACCAACCUCAUCCUGCAUCCUCGGAGUUUAACGGUAUGGCUGCACUAGUUAUUGAUCCGAGACCUGUUCGAGCUAAAGUGUCGAGAUAUCACAUCCAACGCCUUGGAAUUCACGUUGAAACAAAAUUAGAUUUGAAGCAAGGGUUGUCCACUGUAACCGAUGGGAAUGUAGCUAUCAAUAUGGUCCUUAUUGAACAAGAGGUUUGGGAAAGAGACACGAGCAUUUCAUCGCAAUUUGUGAAUAACAUUAGGAAAAUCGUUGAAGUUGAUAAAGAGAUUCCUCCAAAACUAUUUAUUCUUGUUAAUUCUACUAGUUCUUUUAGAGUAAGUUCUUCUGUGACUUCAUGUGUUCAUAAUCCAACGGUCGUCACAAAACCUUUGAGAGCAAGUAUGUUAGCGGCUUCACUACAAAGAGCUAUGGGAGUUGGGAACAAAGGGAAUCCUCGAAAUGGAGAACAUCAGGGUUUGUCUCUUCACCAUCUUCUCUCGGGGAGAAAGAUUCUUAUUGUAGAUGAUAAUAGUGUGAACCGUACCGUAGCCGCUGGUGCUUUGAAAAAAUAUGGAGCUGGUGUGGUUUGUGUAAGCAGCGGAAAAGAAGCCAUCUCUAUGUUGAAACCGCCUCAUCAGUUUGAUGCAUGCUUCAUGGAUAUUCAAAUGCCAGAAAUGGACGGGUUUGAAGCUACGCAGCGAAUUCGAAAGAUUGAAAACAACGUGAGCAACCAAGAAUUGUAUGUCCAUCUACCGAUUUUGGCUAUGACAGCAGACGUGAUGCAGGCUACACAAGAGGAAUGCUUAAAGUAUGGGAUGGAUGGAUAUGUUUCAAAACCAUUUGAAGCGGAACAACUUUAUAGAGAGGUUUCAAAGUUUCUCCAAUCAUCAUGA